AUGCUGUCGGAUGCCGUGCUGUACGGAUGGCUGGCCCUGCCGGCCAUACUAGCCUGGCUGGCAGCAAGCACAUACUACCGGUACUGUCGAUUAAAACACAUACCGGGCCCGCCGAGCGCCGGAUUCUCCAUCUGGUGGCUGCUGCGGUCUACUCUCGGCGGCAGGACGCACCUCGACUUGUACGAGGUGUGCCAGAAGUACGGCCCCGUCGCCAGAGUCGGGCCCAACGACGUGGUGACCAGCGACGCAAGGCUUGCCAUGCACAUGCUCGGCGCGCGCUCGCAGUACACACGGUCGUCGUGGUACAACGGGCUGCGGUUCGAGCCCAGCAAGAACAACAUCAUCUCCAUGAGGGACGACGCCCUCCACGCCGUGAUACGGUCGAAAAUGGCCGGCGGGUACUCCGGCAAGGAGGUCGACCACCUCGAGCCCAAGGUGGACAGCUCCGUGCAGAACCUGGUCCGCCUGCUCGACUCGUACGUGCGCGACGGGCGCCCGUUCGACCUCGCCCGCAAGAUACACUUCUUCGCCCUCGACGUCAUCUCGGAGCUGGCCUUUGGCGAGCCCUUUGGCGACCUGACGACCGACUCGGACGUGCACAGCCUCGUCACCGACAUCGAGACCUACCUGCCCUACCUGAUUGUGUCCACCGUCAUGUCGUGGAUGAUCCCGGUCCUCGGGCUGCCCGUCUUCCGGCCCCUCAUGCCCUCGGAGCACGACGUGCUCGGCAUCGGCCGCCUAGUAGGAAUCGCAAAGAGGGUGGCGGCGGAGCGCUACGGGCCGAGCAAAAAGACGCAGAGGGACAUGGUCGGCUCCUUUGUCGCCCGGGGACUGACGCAGGAGCAGGCGGAGAAUGAGAUUGCCGCGCAAAUGUACGUUGCACUCGCCCGUGCCGACUCGGCUUCUUGA